UGUAGGCACCCUGACAAAAACAAGGACCCAGGAGCAGAAGACAAAUUCAUUCAGAUUAGCAAGGCCUACGAGAUUCUCUCCAACGAGGAAAAGAGGGCAAACUUUGAUCGCUAUGGAGACGCCGGGGAAAGCCAGGGCUACUCUCAGCACCAGCAUCGCCAGUUCCACCACUUCCACGAAGGCUUCUAUUUUGACGAGUCCUUCUUCCAUUUCCCCUUUAAUUCGGAGAGGCGCGACACCUCCGACGAGAAGUAUUUGCUCCAUUUUUCCCACUACGUCAAUGAAAUCGUGCCAGAUAGUUUCAAGAAACCUUACCUCAUUAAAAUAACCUCGGACUGGUGUUUCAGCUGCAUCCACAUCGAGCCUGUGUGGAAGGAAGUCGCUCAGGAAUUGGAGGCGCUGGGAGUGGGAAUCGGAGUCGUUCACGCUGGGUACGAAAGGCGCCUCGCCCAUCACCUAGGUGCACACAGCACGCCAUCCCUGCUAGGGCUCAUUAAUGGGAAAAUAACCUUCUUCCACAACGCUGUCAUUCGAGAAAACCUGCGGCAAUUCGUGGAGAACCUUCUGCCAGGAAAUCUCGUAGAGAAGAUUACAGAUAAAAACUACAUCAGCUUUCUCUCCAACUGGAAGAAAGAAAACAAGCCCCACGUCCUGCUAUUUGAUCACAUGCCAGUUGUGCCAUUAUUAUACAAGCUGACUGCCUUUGCCUACCGAGAUUACUUGUCCUUUGGUUACGUGUAUGUCGGACUCCGAGGCACUGAAGAGUUGUCCAGGCAGUACAAUAUCAACGUUUACACUCCCACCAUGAUGAUCUUCAAGGAGCAUAUCGACAGGCCCGCUGAUGUUGUGCAGGCACGAGACAUGAAGAAGCAGCUCAUUGACGACUUCCUUUCCCAGAAUAAGUUCCUCAUGGUGGCCCGACUGACCAACCAGAGGCUGUUCCAGGAGCUGUGUCCCGUGAAGAAGUCUCACCGUCAGCGAAAGCACUGCGUGGUCUUACUUACCGGAGAAGGCGAUAAGUUUGCCGAGGCUUACGAGGCAUUUUUGACUUUUGCUGUGGCCAACACAAAAGACACGCUGAAGUUUGUGCAUAUCUAUAAUGACCGGCAGCCAGAAUUUGCGGACGCCUUGCUGAUGGAUGAGGAGAAGUAUCGGGGAAAAUCAGCUGUGGUCAUUCUGGAGAGACGCAACAACGCAGGGAAGAUCGUCUAUAAAGCCUUGGAGGAGGUCUGGCGAGGCAGCAGAGAGGACAACUUCAUCCUCCUGGAUCUCCUGGAGCAGCUGAGGACAGACCCUGGCCUCCUCUCUUCCGAGACUGUCCUGGCAGACUUGAAUGACGAACUCGCUCCCAUGUUCCUUAUCCGAUGGCUCUACUCCAUGCUGGACUAUAUCUCGGACUGCUGGGACAGUUUGUUUCAUAGUAACUGGCGAGAAAUGAUGCCGCUGCUGUCCCUGCUCUUCUCUGCGCUCUUCAUUCUCUUUGGCACUGUUAUUGUUCAGGCUUUCAGCGAUUCGAGUGAUACAAGGGACUCUCCUCCCUCUGAGAAAGAAGAAACCGCCGCCAAGACUGAGAAGAACGAUGCGAGCUUCAGCAAAGAGAGUAACAGCAGGAUUCCCAAAAAGGGCUUCGUCGAGGUGACUGAGCUAACGGACAUCAACUAUAACAGCAACUUGGUACGCCUGAGGCCAGGUCACAUGAACGUUGUCUUGAUCCUGUCCAACGCAACCAAAACCGUCCUCCUCCAGAAGUUUGCCCUGGAAGUCUACACAUUCACAGGGAGCAGCUCUCUUCAUUUCUCCUUCCUCAGCCUGGACAAGCACCGGGAAUGGCUGGAGUACCUGUUAGAGUUUGCGCAGGAUGCAGCCCCCAUCCCAAACCAGUACGACAAGCAUUUCCUGGAGCGUGACUAUACGGGCUACGUCCUGGCUCUGAACGGCCACAAGAAAUACUUCUGCCUCUUUAAGCCUCACAGAUCGGGGGACGAGGGGGGAACCCUGGGAUUGUGCGAGGAUUACGAUUCCUCGCUACACACAGAAGCCAGAGGGAAAUCCUCCUGCAGCCCGGGUUCUAGAUCCCUUAAAAACAAAUUACACAAAUUGUCCUUUUGGAUGGAACGCCUCCUGGAGGGUUCCUUACAGAGGUUCUAUAUCCCCUCGUGGCCCGCACUAGACUGAGGGAUUUUAAAGAGACAAACUUUUUAUGAAGAUGACAAGAGACAGCUCUUUCCAGGAAUACACAAACAAGCGUGAUGAAUGGACCUUAGGUUUUAGAUGAACUCUCCUAGGGCCGGCGAAUACAAAAAUAUCUCCCCACCUCUGGAGCCCGGGAGCACAGCCAGGCGCACCGAAAUUCCCUCCACCGCCUCCUUCGUGUGUUCGGAUGCUGUACUACCGAAGAGCCAAGAAGUCCGUUUUGCCCUUCUUGUCCUGCCGCAUCUGCUUCCCGAGUCACCCCCGUUCCAUCUCUUGUUUUACCUCAGUUGAAGGAAAAACCCCUGACUUCUCUGCUGUGGUGACUCGGUCUGGACUGAACGUGGCCGGUGACGCAGGUCGGGUCGUGGCGUUCUCUCCCCUUCCCCACGUGCUUAGCCCAUGGUGCAUGGUGUAACACUGGCAAGAGCCUGCAGACCCACCCGGGCCCUGCCCUUCCGAAAGGCCUCCUCCCACCAGGCAGUCGUACCUAGCGGCUUUCCCUGUGGUAAGUGAUCUGGAGGAUGGUCGGGAGCAACUCUCUCGUAGCAAACCUGGAGCUGGGACUCGUCUGUGGUGCGGGCCGUAGGCGACCUGCAUGUUUCGUGCUCCUUGUGUCAUAGUUCCACGCGCAGCUUCACCGGCUAAACCGUAACCAGGGAGGGAAGGGGUUUUGCGCGGCCGUAAACACUAUAAAGGUGUUGAGCCGUUUAAAUGUCACAUUGAUUUUUCAGACGCCCUUCUGCUUCUGUUGAUUUUAGACGAUGUAUCCUAGAGCCAUAACUUUAACUGUGUCCUCAGAUUGUAGGCGUGACCUGCUAUGAGCCAGUAGACGUGUAAAAGAGACUCUACCUAGCUGCUAGGGAGUCGGUCCGGGCUCCUUUCAAACACCCUCACAUCUGUAGUACAAACCAACCUUUCUUUGUACCAAGGAACCCAAUUCUUUGAUGAUUGUAUUCUUGAAAUGUUGCCCCAGAAGUGCUGUUAUCAUCAGACCAUCGCUUAUGUGUGAAACUCCUUUUGGUUUAGGCCUGGGCUUAAGAUACUCAGUUUUACCCUCUCACCUGUUUCCUUCUUGCCACAAACCUUUGUUUCUUGACAUGCAGACUGCUGCCUUGGGUUUUUCUUCGGUUGCGUUGGGGUUUUGGUUGUCUCUUUGACCUCACGGGUCUGUGUGAAGCUAUAACAGUCAUAAAGCGCAGGGUUCGGUUUAUGCUUUGCUCUAGCAGCGCUUUGACAGCCACUUUCGAUGCCGUGGGGGGAACGGGCGACCCUUUGCAAGGCGGAGGGAAGGCGAGCAGCAGACUCGCGGCCGCUUCCCACUCCUCAAGCGAUAGAGCAAAGCAGCAGGGUUUCUCUUUGCGGCCAGGACCGAAAUCUUCUGGGGCUCACGCCUCCUUUUCACUGCGCCGGGGCAGAGACCGUCACCCGGGCUGGUACUUGCUGCGCCUCCUCCUGCCGCUCUGCGCCAUUCCCAAGCACCCUGCAGCACCGAGUCGCUGUUAGGCCAUGGCACCGCCAAAGCACGGGGGGGCUGAGUGGGGCGGCCUUUGCCGUAGGGCUCCAAACCUGGCGGCAGAGCGCUUGGUCAAGCACUUGGUGUUAAUUAAAAGCUCUCUUGGCCCUUGCCACCUUAGUUACCAUCUUAGCAGAACAGCCAGUUAGUAGGAAUACCUAUACCAAUCUCUGAGCUAGCUGCCAAUCCCACACAAAAUCUGGGAAUGCUCAAGUCAUUCUACUGCCUAUGAGACCUAGUUCCUCACAAACCCUUGGCUUGCUGCAUUCCUCCCUGCCCUGGGAGCAGAUUGGCGUGCUUCGGCCACCACAGGUAUCUCAACCACCGUGUAUCAUGUACUUCCAAAUAAAGGCUACGAUGCUACCAACUGACCCUACGUGAGGUUACUUAAUUUUUAGCUCAGCGGACUCCAAGCUUGUGCUGCUGGAUGACCGAGGCAUUAGAGUAGAGGGAAGGAAGGCGGCGAGGUCUUCUCCCUGCCCAAGAGCUCCAAGGUGCGCAUGUAACCGCUAAAACAGGGCAGGAGGGGGAACAAAACGCUGGCCUGCCGCCGCCAGACUUCAUUUUAAUUUGGCUGGAGUGGUUGCCAAGCACACUUGUGUUUUUCCCCACAGCUUGCCGUGUGGGAUGUGGCUAGAAUGAGGUUGUAGCUCAGUGAAAGGCUCCAUGUAACUUCUUGAGUGUUUGCAAAAAUAAAAAAAGAAUACUCUCUGGGUCUCUGCUGUCUCUUCAGCUAGUCAGAAACCAGGCAAAACCCCUUCUUGUAUUAAGAAAAGUGCCUAAUAGUGAUACAGCGAGGGAAUUCAGCCCUGCCCCGAGUCAGAAGAUAAGGCCUUACAGCCUUCCAAGUACGGCUCGUGUGCUGCAAACCUGCUGGAAUCCUUUUUUUAAUUUUCUUUUCAGCACAGGUAACCUCCCCUUUUAGCCUGAGCUUUGUUAAAGGAGUGCUUGCAGCCGUCUACCCUUGCCGGCCGCAGCCAGAUGGAAGCACAGCUCCCACUUAGCUGUAACUGCCUUUCGCUGCUUUUAACCGGGUCGGGCUAACUUGGCUUGCAUUGCUGGUUUAUGGAGAAACUUCUUUCGUGGGCCGAAGCAAACACCAAACUGUUCUAAAGCCCUCGUUUAGUCAGCUUUAGUGUCCCUCGUUGAGCACUGGGCGCUUGCUUUCGUGUGGUCGGAGGCUGCUUACACCCGAGGUCUGGCCGCUCCCUCCCAGCAGUCGUGAACCGUCACGCCCCAAGAAUUUUCUAACCCACCGCCUCCAGCGGCGCUCGACCCAUAUCGUAACGCAUAUCGUAACAUAUCAUCAGCACAGCGCGCUUGCGACUCACUUACGCACGCGGUGGUCGGUAAUCCAAGGAUUGAGGAACUCCAGUCCCAGCGCGCCACUUGAGUGAAAUCCGAGCAAUCGCACACUGCGCAGAAGCAGAAGCCCCCCAGUCGAAAGGUUGUACCAAAACUCCUCCCUGUACCGAGGGCGGUGGGCAGCAGCCAUCUGCGGCUGCUGUCUUCACUCUGCCAUUCACCAAAAGCCUGCCAGGAACGAGUCCACGAACACAGCCUGAGAAGUAGGAUUGAAAACUAGGUCCAUAUUUUGCACUUUUGAUACCGGGAGCCAGGGGGGAAUUAACUUAUUGGCAAAACUUGUCUUGGUUUUU